AUGCCUCCCAAGGGUGCAAAACCCACCAGUGAUGAGCUACUAGCUCAGUUCGAUGACCUUGGCAUCGAACAGUCGGACAAGAAGUCCUCAAAACCCGCUGCUGCAGCCGCCGCAGCCGACGAGGCAAAGGGCGAGCAGGAAGACGUUCUAGCUGAGCUGGAAAAGCAAGCUUCUCAGCGACCCAGCAGCGGCCCAGGUACCCCACGACUAUCGGCAGACAAGGCACGCUCCGCGACCCGGUCUCCUCGUCUCAGCGCCACCAUCGAGCGAAGUAGCGAGGAGAAGAGCCGGUUGUCAGCGGAGGUUCCUCGUGCGAGCGCAAAGCAAGAACAGCAAAAGCAGGAACCCGAACCUGCUGCUGCCCCACUGAAAGAGCAGAGUCAGGGUGGUGGAUGGUGGGGAGGUUUCUUUGCUGUGGCUGGUGCUGCUGUGAAGCAGGCCGAAGCUGCUGUCAAGGAAAUCCAGAAUAACGAGGAAGCCCAGCGGUGGGCGCAGCAAGUCAAGGGCAAUGUUGGUGCCCUGCGUGACUUUGGCGGCGAGCUUCGCAACAUGGCCAUUCCAACUUUUACCAAUCUGAUUCACACCCUCGCCCCUCCAAUCUCCUCGCACGAACGCCUCCAAAUCCACGUCACCCACGACCUCUCCGGCUACCCAGGUAUUGACCCGAUCGUCUACGCAGUCUUCUCACGAGUCAUGUCGCAAGUCGAAGGCGGUGACCUCCUCGUAAUCCAGCGCGGCCAAGAAUCCGCACCAAAGCGCGGCCUCGACGUGGGCGGUUACGUCUCCAGCGCCGGCUGGAACGACGGACCCUGGUGGCGCAGCGUAACACCCGGCACCCCGCGAACCGUCAACGCCGUGCGCGGUGCUAUUGAGGCCUCCAAGCUCGCCCGCGCCAGCGCCGAGAGCUACGCAACAGAAUACUUCUCCACUCGGGGCGGUAUCGAAGAAGCAGCGAAGCAAGCGAGCGAGGACCUGAGCGAGUCGAACCCCGUGCGCAGCAGUGAUAUCUUCCUCGCCAUCCAGGCCAUCAGUCAGACCGUGUCUGCGGAGCUCUUCCAGGCCGGUGCAUCGGGUGAGAAAGCUACGACAGCCGGCGUGGUUGAACCCCCCGAGGCGGACGAGGAGAUUUCUUUUGCUUUGUACCUACACGACCCCGUGCAUGGCAUCGCCUUCCAUACCAUUUCGCAGAGCGUGCCUGCGAAAUGGAUCGAAUGGCUCGAUGCAUCGGCCCCCGCGGCCGAGAACCCGGACUCCGACGAUGCAGAUCUCUCACGCGCCGUUGUCCCCGAGGCUAUUGCCGAGAUUGUCGAGAGCGGUGGUGUCGAUCCCCGUGAGUGGGUCGCCGAGUGGAUUGAGGAGACAUUGUCGCUGGCGGCUGGUGUAGUUGCGCAGCGCUAUGUCGCGCGCCGGAUGGGUGUAGGUGAGGGUGGUGUCGGCAAGGGCAAGAUGCGUGCUGAGCAGGCGUCCACCGUGGAUAGUGGCGCUGGAGAGGCUGCUCGUGCUCUGUAG